AUGGUUUGGUUUCAGAGGAGGUCGUCCAUGGCCGUCAAGGCGCGGCCCUCCACCUUUGACGCGUUUGUCGGGCGGCGCUCGUCUUCCUUUGACACGAUCGCCGUCCUGCCUGGCAACAUGCCCAUGGAGUCCCCCGCCGUCGUGGAGGAGGUCGCCCCUGGGCUGAGCGACCCGGCGGGGGACAGAACACAGGCCCAGUGUCCCAGACGCAGUAGGGGUCGAUUCUUCGGGUUGAGGCUGAGGCUGCCGCGGUUUGGGUCAAAAGAUGAUGGCAAACGCACUGGCCCUCCAGCGAUUUCUGCCACGAGUGGAGGUUGGCGCCACUGCCAAACAGCAUCAGAUUUUUCAGACGAU